UCGCAAAGUUAAACUCUGGACAGCCUCGCUGUGACCAGGAUGGGCUGAUAAAUCUUCAAGCACAAUUAAAAUUUCACCUUUUGCGGAUGACUGACACCUGCGAGUAGAUGCGCCGCGCCUCACUGCGUCCUGCAGCUCUCGCAGCGAGCGGAGGAGGAAAACGGGACGCCGCGUCAGGCUAUUUACAGAUAAUGCUGAGCCAGAGAAAGUUCCCACAGCUGAAAUGACAAGAAGAGAGCGACCCGUUCGCCUGCAAAGCGCCUCUGAUUAAUGCGACCUGCGACAGAAAAUGGAAACGAUGGAAAUAAUGGAUCCAGAGAGCCAGAUGACAGCACUGCUAGAUGAUGACACGCUGGCGGAGGAAGAAGAACAGCUGAAUGACGAGGUGGAGGAUUUGAGCAACAGUUUGAGAGAGGUCGUCCAGGAUGGGGCCGUCAAGCCGAGGCUCCACUGCCUGAUGAUGGAUCCGUCCUUCUCAAUGGUGACGGUCCAGAGCGAGGACAGCGGGAUCGUUUGGGAAACCGCUUCCAGCCGCUGCUCCACACCCUGGGCCUCCGAGUUCAACGCGCCGGCCUCCGAACUCGGAUACAGCUGCUGCGGCUCCGGAACGGCCGGCAGGAUCGUGUUCAUAAUGGAUGAAGAAUUGAUGAGCAGAAGGAAGAGGAAGCCAAAAUCAGAGAAAUCCAAGACGCGUCCUCCGGUCAGCCACGAGAUCCUCGCUGAAGCGGACAGACCGGCCAUGGUGGAAGUGUCCAUGCCGAACGUGACGCCGGAAAACGGAACGGAAGAACACAAAACGGCUGAUCUGAAAGAAGAAAAGCAUCAGCGUUUGUUCAGUCUCGUCUCUGAAGGAUCUGAAAUACUGAACAUCAUCGCUCCGCCUAAAGUCUCCACCGUGGAUGAAGAGGAGAGCAAAGGUCUGGAAGAUAACUUGUAUUACCUCGAGGAGACACCUGCUGUGAAAUCUCCAGAGAUCCCAGAUGAACCUGAGCUGGACAUUUAUACUGAGAACUCGGAGAUGGAGAAGAACGUUUCGGUGAUACCAGAGCCUGCUGUCCAGAUCCCGUUCCCACCCAUUCAAGUGUCCCGAAGAGGACAGGCGAGCGAAGACUACUUCGAGAAGUUCACGCUCCUUGACCAUCGAGCACCGUCAGAAGCGGCACCUGUUGAAGACACCCAACAGGAAACAGAGGACAAGUUCACAGAAGAACAUGAUAAAGCAGUUUAUCCUGAAGCGGAACCAGGAUCUGGACUUUCUGGAGUCUCCUCAGCUGUGAGUAUGCUGGACAUUUCUGGCGAACACUUGGACGACGUGUUUUACGGCGGAGGGAGUGAGCCACCUACUGCUGCGAGCGUUGGCGAAAAGGAACGAGAGUUUUCCAGAUCCUCACUGAAGGAAAGCGGCAGCGCCUUGUUUGGAAGCGAGGAGUCAGUCCUCACUCCCAUAUACCUUCCGGAAGGUCCUCCGAAAAUCAUUGACCCCAACUUGCUCGAGGAGCCCAAAGCCUUGGCGUUUCUCUACUCAGAUUUGUACGCAGAUGCCGUCGGUAUCAGGAAGAAGCAGGAGGAGGACGUCGAAAGCGUGACCUCCGAGAAAUCCUUCCACAGUCAAGAGUCCGACUCCGAGGACAGGGGAUACCUGGAGAAGUUCGUGCUCAAAGUUGAGACUCUGGCCGGCGUCACUGCUGAGUUACGUCCCGAAGAACGGCACGACCCGUUCGGACUCGCCGGAUACCCGGUUUACCACAAAGAAGAAGAGGAACAUCAAGCGGAAGAGCACGAAGAGAUCACAGAUUUCUUUCGAAACAGUGCAUCUUCAUCGCCCUGUGAACCUGUCGACUUUGAGCAGCUGGAGAAAGAGGAAAAGAUCGAAACUGUCAGGACGCCUCGGGUCACUUUCAAAGACGAAGCACCAAAGAUUAAGACAGAACGACAGGUGAGCGAUCAUCCGUCGUUGGCUGACGACACAGACUUCUCAGAUGAGUUUUUGCCGGUUGAAAUAAGCGAGAACUGUCCGGCGUGGGAGGACAGUUUGCCGACGGUUGUCAGAGCUCCGGUAAAAUCCACUUCGACGCGCACAGGUGAACUAAAGAAAAAACCAAAGUCACUAAAUGAUAAAAGCUCUCCAGCACCAGUGCAAACCCAAAACACCAUCAGACCCAUAAUUCCACGCCACAAACCCUUCCUGGAUCUGAGCCCGCUGCUGCCCGUCCAGACUGAGGACGAGAAAGAAACAACAGAUGGUGAAAAGGAGAAAGAGAACCCAAGCUCUGACGCCUCAUCCAGCACUAAACUAGAGGUCAGUAACCAGGACUCUUCGAUCUCCGGAGAGAUUCCUGACGUGACAGAUUCUACAGAAGAAAGCCGUGAUAAUAAAAACCCCACAAACCUGCUGCGUGAGGACAGCGCUUGAUGCUCCAGCUGACAUUUGAGCAUCGCCGAUCCGUAAGCAUCUGCGACCGUCCUUCAGCAAAACAGAAAAUGAGCAGAACAUCAUCAGGUGUCUCUGGUCUGUUGUGAUGCAUCUGAGAGGUUCGAAUGGAAAAACAGAUAGAUAUGGAAGGUAGUUCCUGUACAGUACGACUGUAGCAGCCCAAUGAGACUAAUGAACUGUUUACAGAUUACAACUCACCUACACAUCUCAGAACAAGUAAACGAUUAAAAAAAGGAAUAAUGUAUAAUAACCUGGGCUUAAAUGAUGUACAUAUGGUUAUAAUGGUCACUUCAAUAAGUGAAACCAUGUAGUUAGUUGUGCUGCUCAGGAUUCAGCAUAUGUGCAUGUGCAGAGGAAGUGCAGGUUUGUCUGUGUACUUUAUUUUAAAAUAAUCAGGCACAAACAUUUGUGAAUACAAAGAAUAAAAUUAUAAACUUG